GAUUUUCCCCUACCGACCACAGCAGGACUGCGGCGCUCGUGCGGUGCACCUCGCUCAAUAUGUCCGCCGUUGAGGUCCACAUUUGCUCGGCAGGAAUGCAGUAGGCGGGGCUGCCAAGCUAGUGUCAAACUUUGGGAAUGACAGGAGUGCUGCAGGAUCUGCUAAGAAAGGGAAGUGUCGCCUUUGUUGGCUGUGUUUGGAUAACUUCUUUUUUCGCACCGUGUCUGGGUUCACCGCCAAACCGCAGACGCUACGGUCUCAGCAGACACUCGAACCAUGUCGGAGGACCCGAGCUCCCAACCCUGGUCCAUCAACAGAGAUGAUUAUGAGCUACACGAGGUGAUUGGAAGUGGGGCCACCGCUGUGGUUCAAGCAGCCUACUGUAUUCCCCGAAAAGAGAAGGUGGCCAUCAAACGCAUCAACCUAGAGAAAUGCCAGACCAGCAUGGACGAACUCCUGAAAGAGAUCCAGGCCAUGAGCCAGUGCCACCACCCAAAUAUAGUGACUUAUUACACCUCCUUCGUUGUAAAGGAUGAGCUGUGGCUGGUUAUGAAGCUGCUCAGCGGCGGCUCUAUGCUGGAUGUGAUCAAGCACAUCAUCUCACGUGGGGAACACAAGUCAGGGGUCCUCGAUGAAGCCAGCAUCGCCACCGUGUUGAAGGACGUACUGGAGGGUUUGGAGUACCUGCACAAAAACGGACAGAUUCACAGAGAUCUAAAGGCCGGAAACAUUCUGCUUGGAGACGAUGGGUCGGUGCAGAUUGCAGACUUUGGCGUCAGUGCCUUUCUAGCUGCUGGCGGAGACAUGACCAGAAACAAAGUGCGGAAGACGUUUGUGGGAACCCCGUGUUGGAUGGCCCCAGAGGUCAUGGAGCAGGUGAGGGGCUACGACUUCAAAGCAGAUAUCUGGAGUUUCGGGAUCACCGCAAUCGAGCUCGCCACGGGAGCUGCACCUUAUCACAAAUAUCCCCCCAUGAAGGUCCUGAUGCUGACUCUGCAGAACGACCCGCCAAGUUUGGAGACUGGCAUCCCAGACAAGGAGAUGGUAAAAAAAUACGGCAAAUCCUUCCGAAAGAUGAUUUCUUCGUGUCUACAGAAGGACCCAGAGAAAAGGCCGACGUCGUUAGAGUUGUUGAAGCAUAAAUUCUUCCAGAAAGCCAAGAACCAUGAAUACUUACACGACAAACUACUGCAGAAGGCGCCCACAAUAACGGAGCGGUCCAAACGGGUACGCCGGGUGCCAGGUUCCAGCGGCCGCCUCCAUAAAACGGAAGAUGGCGAAUGGGAGUGGAGUGACGACGAGCUCGACGAGGAAAGCGAAGAGGGCAAAGCAGCUGUUGCAGCUUUGAGGUCUCCAAGAGUGAAGGAGGGAUCGCAGAACUCAGAGAUUUUCCAGACUCCAGAGUCUUUCAAUAGUCAACUGCAGUUGGUGGAUGCAGGUCAGACUGAACUACCUCAGGCUGCAGGCCAAGUUCCACUGCAGCCCACACCCGGCAACACUCAAGCCGCUGGUGAGGCCUCGCUCAGCGUUCCUCCCACGCAGAUUUCCUCGUCCUCGGGAUAUGUUCAGUCUGCCAUCAGUUUGGUCCUGAGGUUAAGAAACUCAAAGAAAGAACUAAACGACAUCCGCUUUGAGUUUAUGCCAGGGAGAGACACAGCAGAUGGUGUCUCUCAGGAGCUGGUGUCAGCAGGCCUGGUGGAUGGGAAGGACGUAGUAAUAGUUGCUGCAAAUUUGCAGAAAAUAGUUGAUGAGCCUCAAAGCAAUAAAAGUGUCACUUUCAAACUGGCCUCCGGAACCGAGGAACUUCCAGAUGACGUCAAGCUGAUGGGCUUCGCUCAGCUCAGCAUCAGUUAAACUGUCGUUCUACCCGGAACCGUGACUUGCCUAAAAAAUGUGAAAAUUAAAAAAAAAAAAAAAAAGACAAAAUUAGUUUCAUGCAUUUUCUUUCCUUUCCAUGGCUGUAAAGAAACCACUACUGCCAAAGAAAAACCGAACACCACCUGGUCGGAGUCAGCAAAUGUUUCGUUUGUUGUGAGAAUCACACAGGAAAAGUUUACAGUGUACUUGUAGAAGAGUGAAAGCACCUACGAGCAACUAUUUUAUCAUUCUGGCUUUCUUCAUUCUGUCAUUUUCUUUCUAACAUGAUGCAUUUGCACAAUCCGAACUAAAGCCCUUGAAUCCUGAUAAAUGUAACAAUGCCUUAUGUUCAUCAGAACUACUAAAUGCACGAAGUGGGAAUAUUCCACGUUAUCUGUUGUGUCCACAUGUCCACAUGCGAGUGCUGCUGCCAAACAUUUUACUUUAUUUUGGAAGGUUAAACCCUUUUUACAGGAUGUACAGAUGGGUAAUGACUUUUAGCUUAAAAAUUAGUUUCAAAAUUUAAAAAAGUAGUAUUUUUUUGUAUCAACAUUAUCACUACAAAAUUGGUUUAAAAAAGUAAAAAUGAAUCAUGUUGAUGGUUUUUCACAUCAAAAAGACAAAAUUGUAGCUUCCCAAAAAUUAAAAAAGUGUGUAAAAACAUAACAAAGGAAAUCCUAGUUAUGUUUUUUUAAGCAUUUAAUUGGUGCUCAUUUGCAAUUUUAUGUCAAAUUAAAGGUUCCAUCAAAAGUGGUUCCUGAAUAUUAAAAACUAAAGUGAAAUGUGGUGCAGCAGCUGAAAUCUUGUUUUCUGUCUGGUCUUUGUUAGGAGACAUUUUCACAAAAUCCUAAUGAGAAAAAAUGUUUUUUGUGAAUGAAAAGAUCUGACUUCUAGUGUGUAAAUAAAAGCAUUAAGCUUAUUUUUUGGUCUGAUUCAGUUGCCAAAGCUUCUUUUUUUUAAUAUUUAGGACAUGAAUUUCAGCCCUCUGUUGUCACAAACUGGUGCACCACUUCACAAAGUGUUGGACUUUUUAUCCUUUUGCCUUCAAAAAAAAAAAAAAAAAAAGGUUCUACUUUGGUGCCAAAGUUGUCCUGAUGCACCUCCCUGCAGUUUGAGCAAACCUUCAAACAGCUGUUCUGCCUUUUUUUUAUUAUUUAUAAAAGCUUAAAAAAGCCCAUCCAUGAUUGUAAACCAUAUGAAUGAUAGAUUAACUUUGAAUUGUGAUGGAAAAAGGGCAGUUAAGAGCGCAGAUGUUGUUCAUAGCUGCCUUUUAUUGUGAAAGUAAAUGUGUGGAGAUUCAUUUACUGUUCCGCUCUAAUGUGAAAAUCUCAGAUCCCAGCAAGGUUUGAAUAUUUGGUUGGUUGAAGUGAUAGUGUCAUAACUCUGCAGAUGCCAUAUUAAAUGAAAUGUAAUACUUUUUUUGUCUUGCAGAUGAGAUGUUUAGGAGGGAAAUGUUGUAUUUUGACUCUGAAGAUGUUCAAAGCCUUAAACAGACAAUGGAGCCCCCCCCCCCCCAACCAUUUUAUUUUAAAGUUUUGUUUCAGACCUUUAAUGUCUUCUUAUCACAUGUAUGGAAUAAAGAUCUACAGAUUGAGCUUGUGUUUCGACAGAAGUAAUCUGCGACCACUUCACUCCUGUCUUUUCAAUCCGCAGUAUUGGGUGGGAUUCUCACGAUGUUGAUUUUGUUCUGCAAGCUAAAUUUAUCAACUGAAACGACACUUUGUCUGAGCGAUGAGUCAUCACAAUUAUUUUCCCACCUGUUGUUUUUAAGUUUGCUUUUCUUUACUGUUUUGAAGUUCAAAGAAUGUUUCUUUUAGUUACUUUUAAUCAAUAAAGGAUGAACAUAUCAGAA